AUGGACGAAAUAUACGAUAUUGAUGAUAGUUGUUUAUUUACCACUAUUACUUCUACUUCACAUGAUCCCACUCAAUCACAAAAAAAUAAUGAUGACCUUAUCUUGUUCCCAAGUAUUAAAUGCGAAACCUCUUAUGAUAGAAAGAAAAAUGAUCUACUAUGGAAAUUAACAACGCCGUUAUCAUCUUCAUCACCCUCAUCAUUAAUAACAACAACAUCUCAUUCAUUAACAUGUUUAAACCGUCAUCAUUUUUCAAAUGCACAUUCAAGAAAUGUAACUAAACAUCAUGUUCAGCAUCAUCAUCAACGAAAUGCUCGUUUAAGUAUAAAUGCUAGAGAAAGACGACGAAUGCAUGAUUUAAAUGAUGCAUUAGAUGAUUUACGCAGUGUUAUCCCGUAUGCACACAGUCCAUCUGUAAGAAAAUUGUCAAAAAUUGCUACAUUGUUAUUAGCGAAAAAUUACAUUCUAAUGCAAGCAAAUGCGAUUGAUGAAUUAUACAAAUUAAUUAUACGUCUUAACUCACAAAUUCAACAGUCAGACUCUUUAUUAUUAAAUGAUGAUCAGAAAAGCAUCACAUUUAAACCUAUCAAAUCAGAAUUACUGGAUACUACUCACCUUGAUAGCAACUGUAAUAUUUCAAGUAAUGCUAUAUAUACAUCUCCUAUCCACCCGAUAUCUUUCCCAUCUCAUCUACCUCCAUGUUCAAUGUCUAAUUCAUCAGAUAACAAUAAGUGAACCAAAGUACCUAUCAAUAAACUACUACAUUUUUUUCAAUAAUGAUAAUAAUAACUUAAAGAUCUUCAGAGUUAAAGUGCAAUGUGGUGGAUCAGCUUAACUAAUGAUUUCACUAAACAAUUUGAAUGGAUUUUCUUAUACCAUUUGUAAAAGUGUUUAUUAGGGUAUUAUUUGACGUUUAUUUCAAUUGAUAUAUGCUAACUGUUUAACCUUG